AUUAAACCACAUUACAUGUUCCGUGUAAAACGAUUAAAAUAAAUAAUAAACCAUGUUAAUUAUUUUGAUAAAAUAUUUUAUUUAAUUUUAUUAAUAUAUUAUAAAUUAUAUAUGCCUUAGUCAGCAAAGAAAUAGGGGGUAAUAUAAUAUAUGCCUUUCCUCGUUCAAAUUUUGUUCUCUCCCUAUGAAAUUAGAUUCUUCGCUGGUAAUGAUUAAAUUCCACUUUCUCAGUUUCUUACCUAAUAAACGCCUCUAUGGUGUUACUGUCUGAUAGGGAGAGGAGUGAGAAAUGAUUAUUUUAUAUAAAGUAUAAUAUUAACUUUUUAAUUACAAUUUUAACUAUUAUAUAUCAGUACUUAGUUUUUAUGUGAAAAAUAAAGUUCUUAGAUUAUUUCUUACAAAAAACAAUAUUACUAAAAUAAUGCUAAAAUAACAUAUUAUAGUUAUAAUUUUGUUUAAUAUAUACAUAUAGAUAUAUAUAUUUCAUUCUUCUUCCUCACUGCAAUUAUAUAUACCCCUCCACACCAUGGCCAUGGUCUAUCCCGCACUUCUCCUUCCAAGCUCUUCUCUCUAUCUCUCACACAGAGUAACUAUCAACUGAGAGAGAGAGAGAGAGAGAGAGGUUCAUAGGCUCCUCGUCUGCUUUCUCCAGUUUAGUUUCCAAAGCUCAUACCAUAACAUACCAGACCUUGUGUUGCAAGGCUUGCUUCCAUCUCCAUUUGGGUUUUCGCAAUGCUUUGACAAGCGUGUCAAUCUCAGUGUCAGCAGUUAACCUACUGAUCAGACAGAAAACAGUUGCAGAGCCCAACAAGCUUUCUUCUUCUUCUUUCUUCUUCUUCUUCUUCUUCUUCUUCUCUAUUUAGCCUGCAGAGAAUUUUAACUACUUUUAAGAUCAUUCAAAAACUAAAACUAGAGAGCAUUUAUAUAUUUAUAUAUAUAAAAACGCUUUAUCCAACCAAAGAGAGAGAAUAGCGCUUAUCUGAUCUGUGUGUCUCUUUCAACAAGACAACAAAGAUGGGCGAGAACACUGCCUCAAAGAAUCAGAAUCAAAAGCAGCACAACCUUUCCAUCGAUGUCCCCAUCCAGACCGGCUCCAAAUGCUUCGACGAAGACGGCCGUCUCAAACGGACUGGUAAUGUCUGGACGGCAAGUGCUCACAUAAUAACGGCCGUGAUCGGUUCCGGAGUGCUCUCCUUGGCCUGGGCGACUGCUCAGCUUGGAUGGAUCGCCGGCCCAACUGUGAUGUUCCUUUUCUCCUUCGUUACUUACUACACUUCCACCCUUCUGGCCGCCUGUUACCGCUCCGGCGACCCUGUCACCGGCAAGAGGAACUACACUUACAUGGACGCUGUCCAGUCCAACCUCGGUGGAAUUAAGGUGAAGAUAUGUGGGUUGAUUCAGUAUCUGAACCUCUUUGGAGUUGCCAUUGGCUACACCAUUGCAUCUUCCAUAAGUAUGAUGGCGAUCAAACGGUCCAACUGCUUCCACGAGAGUGGCGGGAAGAACCCCUGUAGAAUAUCAAGCAAUCCGUACAUGAUCGCGUUUGGCUGUAUAGAGAUCCUCUUCUCCCAAAUCCCGGACUUCGAUCAGAUAUGGUGGCUCUCCCUCGUCGCCGCCGUCAUGUCAUUCACUUACUCUACAAUUGGUCUUGGCCUCGGAAUAGCCAAAGUUGCAGAAACCGGAAAUUUCAAGGGAAGCCUCACUGGAAUAAGCAUAGGAACGGUGACAGAAACUCAGAAGAUCUGGAGGACCUUCCAAGCACUAGGAGACAUUGCUUUCGCCUAUUCAUACUCCAUCAUCCUCAUCGAAAUUCAGGACACAAUCCGGUCGCCGCCGACGGAAUCGAAGACGAUGAAGAAGGCCUCUCUGAUAAGCGUUUCCGUGACGACGAUGUUCUACAUGCUCUGCGGCUGCUUCGGCUAUGCCGCCUUCGGCGACUUGUCCCCGGGCAACCUCCUCACCGGCUUCGGCUUCUACAACCCUUACUGGCUCCUCGACAUCGCCAACGCCGCCAUUGUCAUCCACCUCAUCGGAGCUUACCAGGUCUACUGCCAGCCGCUCUUCGCCUUCAUCGAAAAGCAAGCAACAGAGUGGUUUCCAGAUAGCGAUUUCAUCUCUAAGGAAAUCGACAUUCCAAUUCCAGGAUUCAAGCCCUUCAAGCUCAGCCGCUUCCGGCUGGUCUGGAGAACGAUCUUCGUGAUCGUGACGACCGUGAUCUCGAUGCUGAUGCCGUUCUUCAACGACGUCGUUGGGAUCCUCGGAGCCCUCGGAUUCUGGCCGCUCACCGUGUAUUUUCCCGUGGAGAUGUACAUCGUCCAGAAGAAGAUCCCCAAGUGGAGCACCAGAUGGCUGUGCCUCCAAAUCCUGAGCGUCGCUUGCCUCGGGAUCUCUAUCGCCGCGGCCACCGGAUCGUUCGCCGGCGUCGUUCUUGAUCUCAAAUCUUACAAACCGUUCGGCACCAGUUACUGAAUGAAUCCAGCGUAGCUAGAUCCGCCAUUAUCGAAGCUUUCAGAGACAUGGAAGAACUGAAAAUUAGGGAUUCAAACUUUUGUGUUCCUGUUUCGUGUUGCUCAAAUUAAACAGCAGAAAAUGUUGUGAAUCUACUGUAAUUCUAUUACGCCGGUAAAAUCCAAGCUUCUUGUUCUUGCCGUAAGCUAAUUUCAUAUUGGAUUGAUCUUUGAAGGGUUUUACGAUAAGAAA